AUGACCAUCAAGUGCGUUGUGAUCGGCGCCGGCCCGGUCGGUGCUCUCGCAGGUCUAUAUGCCGCACGGCGAGGCUGGGAGGUCGAGAUAUACGACCUCAGGCCAGAUCUGCGAGAUGAAUCAACAACGCCUCUCAAUUUCACCAAAUCAAUCAAUCUUGCCCUAUCUGAGCGAGGAGUCAAUGCCAUUCGUCAUUCGGACUCUCCAAAAUUGCUGGAAGCCAUUCUGGCCGAAACGAUACCAAUGCACGGCCGAAUGAUCCAUGGCCAGGGCAAAGGCGGCGAGCUCACUGAGUUCGCUCAACAAUACGACGUUCAUGGUCGUGCUAUCCAGGCUGUCGAUAGAGGAGACCUGAACGCAAGACUUCUGGACGAGCUGGAGAGUUUGCCCAAUGUCAAGCUGCGAUUUAACCACAAGCUCACGGGCGCUGACUUUCGUCGGCGUUUGGCCUGGCUCGAACGCAGGGGCACGUCCAGGAGGCAGAGCGAUGAUGACGGCGCUCGCCUGAGUGGGAGGCCGGGAAGACCUGAGGAGAUCGAAAUCGACUUCGAUCUCAUUCUUGGGUGCGACGGAGCCCACAGCUCCGUGAGGUUCCACAUAAUGAAGUUCGCACGAGUGGACUUUGCGCAAAGCUAUAUUGACACACUCUGGUGCGAGUUCAAUAUCCCUCCUGCGGCCGACGACGCCAGCAAGACUCCUUCUGCAAAAGAUGGAUUCAGGACAAGCCCGAACCAUCUGCACAUCUGGCCUGGAAGCGACAAGAUGUUCAUCGCGAUUCCCAGCGUCGGCAAGUCCUUCACCUCGACACUUUUCGCACCCGCAGAGGAUUUCGCGAGGCUUGAGAAAGACCCGUCCAGUGUUGAGCUGUUCUUCAACAAAAACUUCCCAGGUGCUGUCGAUCUGAUCGGGCCGGCUGCUAUUCAGAGCCAAUUCAAAGAGAAUCCUCACCUGCCACUCAUCAGUAUCAAGUGCUCGCCACAUGUUUUCGACUCGAGCGGGGUGAUUCUAGGAGACGCUGCGCAUGCGAUGGUUCCAUUUUACGGCCAAGGAAUGAACGCUGGGUUGGAGGACGUGCGCGUGUUGUUCUCUCACCUCGAUGCUCACAAUUCCACCAAGGAUGGUCGUGCCAAGGCGCUGGCUUCGUACAAUCAUGAGCGAGUCGCAGACGCCCACACGAUCAACAACUUCUCUUUGGACAAUUUCUGGGAUAUGCGAGUCGGGGUCCGCUCCAAAACCGCUCUCUGGCGCAAGAAGAUCGAAGAAUUUCUUUCCGACAAGCUUCCCAGUACCGGCUUUGCCACGCAGUACAGCAGAGUCAGCUUCAGCAACCAGCGCUAUUCUGAGGUCGCAAAGGCUGUGUCGCGACAGAAGAAUGUUCUCCUACAAGGCAUGUAUGGAAGUGCGUUGUUGCCUGUCGCGGGCUGGGCACUUUGGUUUGCUUGGCGAUGGCACAAAUCACAAAAGGGCAUACCGCUGUUGGCUGGGCUUCGUGAACUUACCCAGCGUCUUGGGAGCGCUUUUACCAUCGCUACCACUGGAAGAUGA